AACACACACACACACACACACACACAUACACACACCACAACACAACAUGCUUUCACACACACAAGCACAGACAUGUAGCCUACAUUCGAUCAAUUAAUUCAUUCAUGUUGUUGGACUACUGCUGUCGGUGUUGUGGAUUCACACUCAUAAAACGCCAUGGACCAUUCACUCUCAAGACGACACCCAGUGACACCUGGGUCGUCCUGCAGAAUCUGUUGCUGUGCAUGGUGUGCUUCUACUCCUUAUACUACAUCGUGGUCAGUCUCUGCAUUGGACUCCUCAGAGUUCACGAGAUCAACAGCCUAUUGGCUCCAUUUGACUACACAACACAACCAUCAUGGCAGAACCCCAAGUACCUGGUUUGUGUGAUUUCCACAGAAGUGACCUAUAUUUUGGGCGGGUUGGUGUUCGCUUGGAUCGUAGAGGAGUGGGUUUGGGAUUAUGCCAUUACAGUCACGCUGCUGCAUAUUGCGAUGACUGUAGCAGUGAUGUCAGACUUCCCCUCUGCUGAGCACUGGUGGAUGGCUUUAGGUUCCGGCCUGGUGAUGAUGAUAUUCGGAGGGCAGCUUCUAGCUUAUAAACUGUUCAGAAGUAACUUCGUCUAUCCAGCUGAGCUGCAGAACUUCUGAAGUACAGAUGGACAAAAGCUUAAACUGGCUUAUUUGUUAAUCUCACCUCCAGACAUGAUGAUGACUUGAUAUUUUAUCACAAAGUUUGUUAUGUUUAGUAUGAGCAACAGCUGAAUGUCUAUUUACAUAAAAUGUAGAUGCUAGAUGUCAGAUCCCACCUCCUGUGCAAAUAACCCACUACACCUACCUGAAAAAUCAUUUUUAAAAACCAUAAUCUGUACAGUUACAUAUUGUUUUGUACUGCUUUUUGACAAAUGUAAAUGCCCUGUUAAUACUAGAAAGUUAUGACAAUAGAUGACACCUAUAGGAUAUGUUCUUAUAGUUUACAUAGUGUAGUGUAUUCCCAAACUAAGGGUCAGGACCCAAAAUGGAGCUGUUUUUAAUGUGUCACCGACUGUCAGAGUAUAUACAGGGCAGUAAUAUGAAAUGUGAAUUAAUAUUCCUAUAAGAUAGGAGGAGCGGGCUCUCUGGAAGUGUUUAAUAAAUAUUGACCUAAAAAAAAAAAAACACUGAAAAAGUCUGGGAACCUCUGGUGUAGAUUAUAAUGUAAAAAAGCAAACAGAAUAUGUUUAGCAAGAGGAAAUAAAUUACCUCAAAUAUUAUGGUUUAUUAGGAUAACAUAUUCAAAUUAAGCCUUCAUCUGUUCCAAUUAGCUAUAAUUCUGUUUUAUUGUUUGUGUGUUAGACCAUACUGGUUGUAAAUACUGUAACUAUAGUUUAUUUAAUAAAUUUUCAAUUCAUGCUA